AGGAAUGGAGGGAACAGUGCAAGGUUUGUGGUGCUAACUACUCCUACAACCGGAUAUAAAUGCCGGAAUGGGUCAAUAUACAUUAGGCAAAAGUAGCGAGAGAGAGAGAGAGAAAGAGAGCACCAUGCACACCCUUACCUAUUCUUUUCCUAUUUGCUUUCUUUCUUUCUUUCUUCCUCUAUCUUCCACCCUGCCUUCCUCCCACUCCACUACCACUCCGGUGUCAGUUCAGGAGCGGUGAUCGUCUGUGUAACUAACUAUCAUAAUUAUUAGCUAACAGGCUUGAUCAUAUGAACCCUGAAUGUAAGGCGAUCGGGUUGCUCUGAAGAGCGAGAGGGAUCCCCGAUGGUACGUACAAGUACGAGCACGUGUGGGGAGGAGGGUCCGCCCUGUGUAUGCUCGAGUGUACUUGCAUACACCUACGACGCCGGUUUCCGAUGCUAUCACUUGCCAAUAGAUGUCUAGUACUUGUAGUUGUCAUGGUAAUGUCUCAGAAACCUGAGUACUGUACCCCUUGCCCUCACAUCAAAUUUCCUGAUUCCUCAAUUCCACCCGUGCCCGCCAAAAAGGCACCGGAGAUGAAGCGUCCCCCACCCCCACAACACCUCCUCAAUACCAGCUACUGUACAAGUAAAUCAUUUAUAUCCAUCGCUUUCGCGCAUCCCAUUCCUCUCCAGCAAAAAAAACCCGAUCGAACGCCGCUAUCUCCUUCCCUCCUUCCCUCCCUCAGUGUGGUGCUGCGCUGUUGCUCGCUGUAUGAUACACACCACGGCAUCCUUUCCCGGGUAAUCCACUCUAGCUGAGCUGCUGCUGGCCGACCCAUAUUAAUUCUUUUGCCCAGAUAUCCUGUAAGAACAUCCGAUCUGAGGCUCUACCUGCCAUACCGGUACUACAAGCACAGCAAUGUACUCGUAUUACACAAGCCAUCUAUUUGAGCCGUGCUUCCUACUGUCAUACUGCUGCUAUGAUAUUGGAUGUGGCAGGGGGGUGUGUUGACUGGAUGCCUCGGCAGGGAUCAUGCACUCGAGUACCUGGUUGGGGUUGAGGUUUUGGGAAAAUGACGGCUAAUUGUUGUGCGUGUGCACGGUCCGCUGGGUAGUAAUUAGUUAGUUACAAGUGCGGUACGGUAGUCAGUUAGUAGCGAGGGAGGCAAGACUCGACUACGGUACGGUAGGUUGGGUUGUUUCAUGGGUUUGUAUUGCCGGUGCUGAUCAUAAAUUCGCUUAUAUCAUAGUAUAGUUUCACCUGGAUAUAGCGGACCUGGCUAUACUGUACUAGUAAUGAACGGGGAGUGAAGGGAAAGACUCUGAUUGGUGUGUCAGUUGUCUU